AUAUAGAGUAACAACAUGUUGCGGGUGGCAGUACUAGCUUUAGCUUUGAGUUUAGCCGUUGGCGAGCCUAUUUCUCGCCAUGUCAAGCCCAACCCGUUCUUCCCUCAAGGCCGGAUCGUCGGUGGCCGGGAGACUAGUAUCGAGGAACAUCCUUGGCAAGUAUCCCUCCAGGCGUAUGGAUUCCACUUCUGUGGUGGCAGUAUCAUAUCUGAGAGUAUCAUCUUGACGGCGGGUCACUGCGCCAGUUACUCACCCGAUUUGGUCACCAUUCGAGUGGGCACCUCGAUUAUGGAAUCCGGUGGUUCGGUGCAUCAGGUUGCCCAGAUCGUGCGACACGAGAAAUUCGAGAAAACUAAGAGGGGUAUACCCAUCAACGACGUCGCAGUUCUCAAGCUGAAGACUCCAAUUCAGCUCGGCAAGACUAGUCAACCUGUUCCUUUGUUCGAGAAGGGUGAAGAGGCUAUUGGAGGUGUUCUAUCCACCAUUUCCGGCUGGGGUACCACUAUUGAAAAUGGAGAUCAUCCAGAGGUUCUGCAGACCGUCGAUGUUCCCAUCGUAACAAAAUCCAUAUGUAACAAGGCCUACGAAGAUAUGUUCGGAGGUAUUCCUGAUGGUCAGAUCUGCGCCGCUUUCCCAGCAGGUGGUAAAGACACCUGUCAGGGUGACUCUGGUGGACCGCUGGUUAUUGCUGGACGUCAAGCUGGAAUCGUCUCAUGGGGCAAUGGAUGUGCGAGGAAGGGAUACCCUGGCGUAUACACUGAGAUUGCGUCAGUUCGCGACUGGAUUAAAGAACAUGUCAAUGUUUAAGAAAUGACGUUCGCUGUUUUAAGUUUAAAACUGUGCUGGAAUAAAUUUUGACUAUCGUUAUG